UCAGCGCCCUCUUCGCCCAGUUGCCAUUCACGACGAUGGCACCGCGGUGAAGGAGGCUCGGCGAUCUGCUUUCCUCCCCCUUCCACCGAUGCAAAUCCCGUACAAAGAAAUCCGUUGCGUGAGGCGAGAGAAAGCAAAAAGGACAGACCAAGCAAACCGGUGAAAGUUACACCGACACUUACGCGACAUCAUGCUGUCGAUGCUGCAGGAAGCCUCGGUGGGGAAGGAGCGCCGGGCGGCUGCGUGGAGGAGCGGGAGGUUGGAGGCUUUCAGCGCGAGCCUGAGUUGCAGCCGUCUUCGUCGAGUUCAAGCCCUCCUGAAUUACAGCAACAAGCAAAAAUCUGAUGGAAUUCUCUGCAUUCUGGGUAUUGACAGCAGAUAUAAUGAGGGCUGUAGAGAACUGGCAAAUUAUCUGCUGUUUGAUUUGUAUAAUCUGACAAACAUUGAUGCUGAUGUUACUGAUUUGCCAGAAGAAGUGCUUGAUGAUGUAAUCCUCCUGAUAAAGUCUGAGAGUGUUCAUCUAUAUUGCAACCCAAUAAAUUAUAACUAUCUCCUGCCUUAUGUGGCAUAUUGGAGAAAUCUACACCUGCACUGCUUGACAGAAAAAGAAUAUGAAGAUGAAGAGGUGGCAGAGGAAUUUAAAAUUACCAGCUUUGUCAAUAUGGUACAAGACUGUUCCCGAAUUCAAGUUCCAUACAGCUUCCAGGGCCAUGUUCAGAAGUUUGACAUGUUCAUUGUUGAGAAGUGGCCCAUUGUACAAGCAUUUGCCCUGGAAGGAAUUGGAGGAGGGGAGUUUUUUACAAUGAAACAUGAGCUGUUCGAUGCUAGCGAGGAACUUUGGCAAGUGUAUAGUGGCUUGGAUCCAGUUUCGCUGGAAGUCUUGAUCACUGAGGAUUUGAUGGCAUUUAAGAAACAGUGGGACAGCUUCUUUUCCAACUUUGACAUUGAGAAUUCUUCCUCAAUACUGGAACUUUCAGAAGCACAAGCUGGAGAGCCUUUUAGAACUUACUUCAGCCAUGGGUUGAUAACAAGUCAAAUUACAGAUAAAAGUUCCUUAUUCAGCACACAUCGGCAGCCUUUUGUUCUAUUUGGUUGUCACUCGACAAAAGAAAACUUAAACUCGUACAGCUUCACCUUUCCAUCUGAGGGUCACCUUGUUAGAAACACAAACAACAGGGGAGGCACUGCCAGGCAUAUGGUUGUGCAAUGUACAUCUCCCAGAGGACCUUUGGCAUGCUCAAGGACAUAUUUCUUUGGAAGCACUCAUGUACCUUACAUAGCCAAAGACAGCAAUCAACAGACAAAAGAUGAACUAUUGGUGUUGCCACAGAUUUAUUUUGCUGUAGUAGAAGCAGUGUUGGCUAGCAUACGAUGCUACGUAGAAACUCCCAGCAUAAAAAUUGCCAAAGAAACUGCUGAAGAUGUUUUUCUUUCAACAUUGGAUUGUUAUGGUCUUGGUCACUAUAAAGCCAUCCUAAGAUCAAAAUUGUCCUUUCUGAUUGAAGCUGUGAAUAGCCAGGGGAGAAUCAUCCCAUUGGAUAGCCAUUCAAGCAAAUUCCUCGCUAAAACUGCAUCAAUGACUGUUUAUGACAUUCCAGAUUUAACAGGAACCAAAGGGACUCUAGGAUCCAUAGUUUUCUCUGAAUCAUUCCUAGAAUCUAAAGUAUUUCUGAAAGAAAAGGAUGGCACUGUGUCUACAGACAGCAGCUACAUGAUUCUGUCAGCGACCGUGCCUCGAUAUGUUUCUUGGAUGGUUGAAGAUGCUGAGGUGAAACUUUCAGAAGAAGCGCAGCAGAUACUAAAGGUGGAAGAAAAUUUUUUAGGCACCUUGCUCAUAGGAGGAGACUCUGCUUAUCUUUAUUCUGGCAGUCCAGUUGCUAGACCAGAAGAAGGUAAACUCUAUAUCUUAUCUGAAGGCAUCUUAUUUAUUCAUCCUCGCUCUGGGAGCAUGACAAUUUCAAAGAAUCAUAUGGCUGCACUUAAGUAUUACGAUGGGAAUUCCCCAGGUGUUGUUGCUGUCCUUAUCAUUGAAUACAAGAAAUCAUUGCUUCCCCAUCUGCCCAUUCAUUUACACUCAGCCUCGAAUUGCUUGAUGUUUGCACUUAUGCCAGGCUCGAAACUUUAUAAAUCCUUUUACUCCCAGGUGAUGUCUACAUGGCAAAAGAUGGGAAAAUCUGGAAUUGCACUGAAGGUCUGUCAGAGUGAUCAAUUAUCGGAGGAACAGAAAAAAUUACAUUGCAAUCUGGAAAAGGUUUAUGAAGUCCAGUCUAGAGCAAGAGAUGAAGAAUGGAGCCAUUUAAAAAGAAUCAGUGCUGAUCUACUGGGACUUGAUGUGUUUUUGCAGCAUUUUGCUGUGAGUAGUGUGAGCCAUGAGCCAGUCAGAAGAUCUGAUCUGCCCAUAUUACUGCAGCAGCCAAGUUUGUUCUCCUCAGUAGGCGAUGAUCAGAAUAAGAUGGUGAUCACUAUUAUUGCGGGUUUACCUGGCAGUUGCAAAGAAGAACUUUGUACUUACAUUGUUAAUAUGAGUCAAGAGCAUGGAAGGUGGUCAGUUUACAGGCAGAUGCCAGAUAACUGUGAGCCAUUCAAUUACAGUCAAAUCCACCGUUUUCUUUCAAGUGUUCUAGAAGCACAGAGAAAUAGAACUGUUCGCCAGUCUGUAUACUCACGAAGGAAAGUGAGAUUAUUAAUUGUCACACCAGGGUACACAGAUGUGAUUGAUGUUGUGCAAGCUAUCCAGAUCCAUCCAGACCCUGAGGUUCAGUCUGCAUUUGUCAUUGGUGCUGUCACCACCUGCAUUGACCCACAGUGCUCAACUAUGGAACACAGGUUACUUUUCCCAAAACUUCUGGAUCAAUGCGCUCAAGGAGUGGUUAGUAAUGUUGUUUUCACAAGCUUGACCUCUGAGCAAAGACAUCCACUCCUGGUACAUCUGCAGAAGUUAAUUCGUACAGCAAACCCCAGCAUUGCAUUCAUUCUAGCAGAAAAGGGAGCAGUGACAAGGAAUGCUGAUAUUGAAAUGAUUCUGUCUGGAAGCAGUUUCUCGGAACCCUUUAUGUUGAGAACACGUUAUUUGAUGUUUCCUGGCUGGUGGAAUGGCAGAUUCAGAUCAGGACCAGUUUUCCCACAAAUGACUCAGAUCUGCAUUCGGUUCAACCGUCCACUUGAUAAAGCCCGAUUUGUGACAAAGUGUAAAGCACUGAGAAACAUAUUGAAAUCAAGUCCUUUCUGUGGAAAUAUUUAUCACAUUCGAGCUCAGCUGAAAUUUUCAGAUUCUGAGAAAACAUUUGAGAUUUGCCACAACACCCAGACUAAUAUGUUCUCUGCACAACCCUUGGAAGAUGGCCCUUCACCACCACCUUUGCAGGGUGAUGGGAGGACUAAUGGGAAAACUCUUGACAAUUUUGUUGUAUUCAUUGGCUGUAUGCUGAAAGAGGAGACAAUGAAAGACUGGCUGCGACAGUGCACAAGACAGAAACUACUGAAGAAGCCCCUCAAGACAUUUGAAACCCUCACCAAGCAAGAAAUUAAAAAUAUCCAUGUGAAACGUCAUUUAGAGCUACCUCCACCUGGUUGGUUUUAUAAUGGGAACCAAUUUGUAAACUUCUUUGGUGAGAAGAGUGACUAUCAUCCAUUGAUGGACACAUUCAUAGAAGAAUAUCUGUCAGAGGUCAACAAAGACAUUGAGAAAUACAAUGCAGAAAUUGAAAAACAAGAGAGUCAAGAUCUCUUUGAGCCAUAAAUAUUGAUAUAGUCUGAUAUUGCAUUAUACUCAACUGGACAACAAAUCACAGAUAAUGAACAAGUUGUCUAGUGCUGAAUUAGAGCUGGUAAAAUACCAAAUCCUUUCCUUGUGCAUUGAUGUAUCUCAAAAUGUUACCUAAAAGUUUCAAGUCAGAAGCCUGUAGGAAUUUACAAAUGUUUAUACCUACAAUCAAAUGUGCAGAUGGAAUUUUCCACUGUUAACUGUUGAGGGUAAGCUGCAAAGGGAAUUGGAAUCAAUGAAGUUCCCGGUUCAGUUUUACGCAAUGGGUCACAUUUAACCCAACAAAAUAUAAAACUCGACACUUUAUUAAUUUUCAAGCUGCUUAAAGUGAACACAGCUUGACCCAGAAGAAAUUGAAGUUACAUUAUUUGCUGUUUUUUAAAAAAAAGUGCAGUACACGUGACUUCAAGAUGGAAUGUUACAGGUAUAAAUGCUUGAAUUCACCUGAAAAGAACACUAAUAACAACACAAUUGUUGGAAUUAACACACAUCUUUAUACCUUUUUUUUAAAAUAUGGUAAUUCCACCUAACCAAUGGCACUCUAGUUUACUUAUUUUUCAUCUAACCAUUUCCAUUGGUCUGGAAUUUUUUUUUACCACCCCCCCCGAAGUGUUUUAUUUCUGCAAUUAGAAUUGUGGUUAAUCUACUUGGGUUUGUAGUAGGUGAAAAAUGAGAUUAGCACAAUUACUCCACAUAAUUGGUCCAUGUAAUUUGGUAUAAAAAUCCUCUCUAAAUUCUUUAGUUCAUAAGAGGAUUAACAAAGUAGGAGUUUGGCUAUGGUGUCUAGCUCAUGAGCUUGACUAACAAUAAGCCAUGUUUCACUUCUGCUGUUGUCUAUAGCUUUAACACCACAUUCAUGUACGUGUGUGUUAUGCAGGGAAACUUAUUGAAAUGGCAUGUUAAAUUUAAAGUUCUAUGUGAAUUUAUUUUUAAGAAGUUCCACCUUGCAUAUAAUACUGCAAAUUUGUCUGCAUCUGUCAUUUUACUACCAUCUCACUUUACCCAACCCUCAGUAGUUGUGGCUAAAAGUUAUUAGCUUAUGCUGAAGAAGUAAAUGAAUGAGAGAUGGGGGAAACUGGAUUGUCUUUGUGUGAAGGUAAUAAUUGUCAGAAUGUUGUUGUUCGAUAGGAUACAAGUUAUUCUGUUGAGUAAAAUUUAGGAUACAUUCAUGACAACUAAUAGCUGUGUUUCUAUUCACAGCUCAAAACUUUCCCUAACUAUUGAAACACAAGUAUUGUAAUUUGUAAAAUUCUUUAAAAGAUAAUUUUCCUAUAUAUAACAUAUUAUUUACGAAGCAUUAAAUAACAGUGGAGCAGAAUAAGUGCUAGAUUUCAUGAACUUUUCAUAUAAAGAGAAAGAAAUAAGAAAAGCAAGUAGAGAAACCAGGUACAGCUAAGCAGUUGGAUUGGUGGAAUAACAAGUUUUGCAAAGUCAUCUUAAAGUUAUGCUUCUGCCCUAUUCUUUGCAAAUAAUAUGAAUAAUAUUGUGGAGAGUGGCCUUAUCAGCUACGAAUGAGAAGUGAUGUAUUCAGGUUAAUUUGUUCACAUUUGUUCUACAUUUACACAAUUCCUUUUGAAAAAUGUGAAGAAGAAAUAUGUUUUGGCUGCACUUUGUAUUUUGUAGCUUGCAUAAGUCAGCUACACUAAUCUAGUUAGCAUUUUGUUUCCCCACAGUUUGAAGUUUACAAAAUCUGUUACUUGUUCUGAAAAAUAAGCCCUAGUCUGUUCUAGAUGAAGCUUGUAAAACUGCUAUGCAUCUUGUCAGAUAAUGCACUUAAGUACUGAUGGUACUCAGCAGGUGAAUAACGUGACCAUAUUAUGUAACCUGCUUCUCUGUCUGCAACAGUGGUUUUAUUCAUUUACUUGGCUCAGUAGUACUCAGCUAAGUUUUGAUUAGAACUAUACAAGUACACAGAACAUUACCUUUGUUUUUGUUUAAUCCCAAAUCAAACAGCUGUCAUUUAUUACUGGAAAUUUUGAUAAAUUAAUGGGAUUUUUAAAGCUUUGCCAGUUCAGUAAAGUAAUUAUGGAUAGAUUUUGAAGUUAUACAGGAAAAAAGUUGUGUCUCAUUUAGCCAACACAAGAGUCCAAGAAUUAAAAGUAAGUUGAUCCAUUUGAACUGCAAAUUUCCCUUACUAUAAACUAUUUACUGUGCAGGGAAUAAAUAUCAUUGCAUUUUAUCAAUCCAUUUAAGUGCUUAAAUGGAAAAAUAGUCUUCCUGAAUUCAGAUAUGCAUCUGUCUCUGGGUGUUCUUGGGCUCUUGAUUAUGCAUGUAAAUCACCUUUAUGCAUGAAAGAGUGUAGAUUACGUCUAUCUUAAUUAAAAAGUAAAUGCAUUCAAGGGGAAUGGCUGUCAGUGUAGGAUAAUGCUGCCAUUUACUUUAAUGUACUAGAUGAGAGUACCUAAAAUGCACAGAGACUUGGUUACCGAUCAUCAUUGAUUUUCCUCAAGUUUGAACACUUUAAGCAAAGCAAGUGCUGUUACAACAUAAGAGACUCCUUCAGUAUUUUGUUAAUUUAAGUGAAAUGCCAUCUGAGUAACUUCUGCAUAAAAUUCAUUUGCGAUGAUUUAGAAUGUGUUUAGGAUGUGCAAUUUUAAAUUAGGUACCAGUUGACUCCCAAUUACUCUAGAAAUUUCAAGCAUUAAAUCACUUUAAAUAGAAAAUAUUCUCUCAUCUGUUAAGUUGGAACAUUGCAUUACAUUCUAGAAAAGGCUGGGUUACUCUGAGGCGUAGCCUUCCAUAUUUUAACACAAAAAAUAAAUUUGCUCCAUUUAUUUGAGGUUAACAGUAAAUUUUAAUGAGGAUGGUAGCAUGCUGAUCACCAAUAUGUAUAGUCAACACUUUUAGGUACUCUUCAUAUUUUGCUGCAUCAAUAUGAUGAAGAAUGCUUUCAACUUUGUUUCUAAAUAUAUAUUGGCAUAAUGAAGGUUAAUUAAUGUCAAUGGAAAACUAAGCAGAGGGUGUAUUUUGUUAACUUAGUAAAUGGCAGUUUAUCAGUCCAAGCAGUUCAUAGUUAGAUUUAACAGUAGGCAACUGUAGAAAUGUUUUGCAGCCUUCCUCAAAAAGUAGACUUUACAGCUAUGCUGUGUUACUAUCCUGAUGGGUUUGAGUGUUUGUUUACCACUAUAGCAACAAUUAUUAUUAAUUCCUGGGACAGCAAAAAGUUCUUGUGGGUCCCAAUGUAGAGUUUUGAUGGACGACUUCAGUUUUUAUCUGAGAUAAUAUGCAUUGUAAAGAAAUAGUACACAAAAAUAUUUUAAGCUUUACAAUGUUUUCUAGGUUGAAGCUAUAAAAUGACCACGCCACUCUGAAGUAGACAGCUUCACCAUGAUUUGGGGAGGGGUGUGUAUCAUCAUUAAUUGGAGAAGUAAAUCAUCAUGCAGGAUAAUUAAGUCUAUUCAAAGGAGAUCAUUACCCUGCUUCAAUAAAUCAAUUAUUUGAUUUAAUCUGAAUUCUGGGCUCAUCAAAAUAAUGGCACGUGAUCAGUCGUGUUCAGAGUUGAAAACAGAUGUACAAUUUUAUAGGGUUUUGGAAAGGUCGUCCAUCAUAACCACAUGAAUAGUUAAGAUGCUUACACUAAGAUGGAGUCAUGCAUUGGGCUACAUUAAAAUGUUAGUUUAACAUCAAUGACUACUGUGAUUAUAGAGGCACAAAGAUGGCCUGUGUAUGAUGUAGCCAGCAAUUGUAUUUUGUAGCACAUUGAAAGAAUAGAUUCACUGUGAAAUUUUUCACCACACUUAAUCCUUUACCAAUAGGAAGAACUACAAUUGUACCAGAUUUGGGCUGUUACUAAUUUGGUUAGUUUUCUACAGCACAAGUCUGCAUGAAAUAAAUAUUAUUACUUGCACUUACAGAAAUGCAAGUUAUUGUAAGCUAUGUAUGGCUUAUCAAUUGAUUAAUGGUAAUUUAAAAGAAAACUAACGUGCAUGAUGUGUUAUUGUCAAAUCAUGCUUGCAUUAUAGGAGACGGUAACCUUUUUACAAUUCAGCCCAGAAUACUAGAAGCCUAAAUGACAAAACUAUCAGCAUGUCAGAACAUCCAUAGAUAUGGUAUAAUUUAAAGUGAUGGAUUUUUUUGAAAUCUCAUUUGAUAUCUAGAGGAUUUUAUUUCUUGGAUAUUUGAAUGGGAAGUGAAAAAAUAUAAAAAGUUUUGGUAAGAGUGGGUGAUUUUACUAAGCACAAUUAAAACCAAAGUAAAAUUUGUAGUCUGUAGAUGUUUUGGACAACUGUAGUUUCCUAGAGGUUAUUUGGCAUUUCUGGCAUUUGACAGGUCUAGUUUGUCAAGAUAUUUGAAUUCAAAGACAGCUCUAUUGAAGUAAUUGGAUCCUUCAAUUACUUUCAGAAGCAUUUUCUUUCCUUGAGAUGCUUUGGUUCCUGGACCUCUUAUUAAUUUGAAUUUUAAAGCUUGCCAUUAAAAGCUGGUGUUGGUGAAAGGGAUUUAAUAUGAAAGGAAUUACGAAAACAAAACCUAAAUGCCAUGCAGGUGUUUUGAUGUUAAACUAUUAGCAGGCCUUAACAGUGUAUUUGCAGUUUUAUUGAUAGGAGAGUGUCUUGUACUGGUCACUGAAGUUAUGGGACGUGUAUUUGUUGAUAGGGACACUGCAGCUUAAAUUAGCCUACAUUCCCUGGUUUACUUGACCUGAGGGUUAAUUUAAGUUAUUGUUUAAUUGUUCCUAUUUGGAAUUCUAACAGUAUUUGCACAUAAUUAAUUCAAUUAAAGAAUUGGUAUUCAGAUAAAAGGGAACACUUUUGAUUACUGACUUUAGUGUAAUUUGCUACAACUUGAUGUAAUUUUGAAUACCAGAUCGCUAGCAAAGUAACUUACCUCAUAACAUAAAUUGAAAUAUACAAUGGAUUUUUUUGGACAAUUAUUGAAUUUUUCAAACAAAUUUCUUCAUAUAAAUGAAGUCAAUUCAGGAAUUUAUUUAUCUGACUUGAAAGUGUGCCAAAUUUAUCAUUUUCAUACUAACUUUAACCACUUUAGUUUGUUUUUGGAUGGGGGAGUAAUAUCUUUAAAUUAAAAAGAUUUGAAUUGUAUUUGCACAAAACUACUGUAACUUCAGUUAAACUGGUUUGCGUGUGACUGAAGCUUUUUUGCAUAUCUUGUAUUUAUUACACUGCAAAAAGUAUAAUUAAUCCAAUAAAGUGUAUAGGAUAAUUAUUAGUUUUUCCAUUUAUUUUUGUAUUUGUUGAUGCAUUUUUACCUGUAGUUGUGUGACAUUUUGCAAUUUUACAAGUAAUUUUCCAGCAAUUGCGUUCCAAUUCAACAUUCAAUAAAGUUUAUAUGUUUCACCAGAUAAAA